AUGACCGUCCACUUCCUCUUCGGACGGUCGACCCUCUCGCGCCUACACGCCCAGGUCAAUCGCAAUAUCCUGCGCAACCACCACGCCAGACAUGAGUCUACGAAGGCCUCUCCUGGCACCAACGGCUCCGCGAACGGCUCCUCCUCCUCCAGCAGUACCUCCUCGAACGCCGCCAAUGCCGGCCAGCGACAACACACCAUCCCCGGCCCCUCCUGGGCCUGGAUCGACCCCUUCAUGCGCCCCCUCCGCGCCUACGGCCGCAUGCAGAACCGCUCCCCCUUGACCACCCAACUCGAGUCCUCCCUCGUGAUCUACUACCUCGGCGACCUCUGCUCGCAAACGAUCGGCAGCAACGUCUUCCUCGACGGCGAGUACGAGCCCAUCCGCGGCUUGCGCGCCAUGCUCAUCGGGAGUAUAAGCUCGAUCCCCAGCUAUAAGUGGUUCAUCUUUUUGGGGAAUAAUUUCAAUUUCGCCGGGAGCUGGGCGUUGAGCAUCACCACGAAGAUCUGUGUGAAUCAGUGUUUUUUCACGCCGGUGUUUAAUACGUAUUUCUUCGGCAUGCAGACGUUGCUCGCGGGGGGCAGUUGGGCGGAGGCAGGGGAGAGGGUGAGGCACGCGGUGCCGGUGAGUUGGGUGAAUAGCUGGAAAGUGUGGCCGGCGGUGACGGCUUUCAGUUUUACGUUUAUCCCCUGGCAGUAUCGGAAUGUGUUUGCCGGGGUGGUGGCGAUUGGGUGGCAGAGUUAUUUGGGGUGGGUGAAUAAGAGGGAGGAGAAUCGGGAGGUCAAGGAGCAUGAGAUGGAGGCGAGGAAGGAGGGGGUUGGUUCGGGGCAGGCGGCGAAGAUUGGGAGGGAGACGGCGGCGGAUGAGAAUGUUGGGGGGCAGGGGAAGAAGAGGAGGAAGAGGCGGAGGGUUGAGGAGCAGGCGGAGGAGGGUGAGUGA